AACUACAUACAGAGAGAGAGUCUUGAGACUGAGAGAAUCCAAUGCAGAGAGCUCCGGCCAUUUCCAGCAACUGAUUCUUUUACCGCCGGCGAAAUCACAUUUUACAGUUCCGGCGAGUGAUUCUUUUCCGUUCGACCAUAAACACUGUUGAAAAAAGUUUCCUACAUAAGAAAAGCAGAAUGGUUGAUAGCGAGAUAAAGACUCAGCUUCUUUGUUCCAAAUGGUUGGAAGAUAGGAUAAGCCAGUUACCUGAUCCAUUGAUAUGUCACAUUCUCUCUCACCUUCCCCUAAAGGACAGUGUCAAGACAAGCGUAUUAUCCACCAGAUGGAGGAGUCUCUGGCUUUGGCUUCCUCGUUUGGAUUUGGCAAGGUCGAAGUUCCCUAAUUCCGAUGCCUUCAUGAGUUUUGGUGACAGGUUUUUCCAUUCCAAUAGAGUUUCAUGCAUUCACAAGCUCAACUUAACUAUGAGCUAUGGAAAUGUCAAUCCUCACUUCACAUCAUGGAUUGAUGCUGCAGUCAAGCGUAACGUCCAGUAUCUACAAGUUCGUUAUGCUUAUGAGAUGCCUCUAAGCCUUUACACUUGUGAGACAGUGGUAUCCUUAAAGAUGUGUUGGGUGGCCUUGCCUAGUGCCGAGUUUGUUUCCUUGCCUUGUCUGAAGAUCCUGCAUUUAGACUAUAUGAGGUAUCCCAAUGAGACCACUUUUGAGAGACUUGUCUCAUCCUCCCCUGUCCUUGAAGAGCUAGAGUUGGGACUUGUUAAUUCUGGUGCGAAGGUCUUUAGGGUGCUCUCUACGUCAUUGAAGAGGCUCACUAUAAGCAUACGCUUCUCUGUGGGUGAUACAGGAUUUCUGAUUGAUGCCCCUCGACUACGCUUUUUGAGCAUCCAUGAUAACUUACCAAAAAGCUUUAUAAUAACCAGUAUGGAUUCCAAUGUCAAGUUAGAUCUUGAUCUCAGCCCUGCUUUAUUUUCAGAAGAAGCAGAUGUUUUAUCCAGGAGAAAUAGUUUUCACAGUUUUCUCCCCCAGAUUUCAAAGAUCAGAGAUAUGUUCAUACAUCUAGGCACUUUCGAGCUCCUCUGUGAAUACUCGAAACUAGAACCACUGCCUCAGUUUGGUUAUAUGUCCUGCCUGCAAGUAGAGCUCUAUUAUUCCCAUGUGAAAUGGUUACCAACCUUUCUUGGAAGCUUCCCAAACUUGAAGUCUCUCAUCUUGGUAUGCUACAAUGCAGAUCGUGUGGAAAUGCCAUUUGACGAGAUGAAUCAAGUCGAUCUUUCAACUAUGCCUCAGUGUUUGCUGUCAUCUCUCGAAUUUGUUGAUUUCAAAGUGAAAGUCUCGGGACUUGCUGCAGAGAUGAAGCUAGUGAGGUACUUCCUAGAAAAUGCGGCUGUCCUCAAGAAACUCACUCUACCUUGGCAUUAUGAUGCAAUUCAGAUUCAAGAUGACUUGGUCAAGAAACUUCUCAACAUUCCAAGACGCUCUGCCGAAUGUGAAGUCAUCUUCCUUUGAUCGGUAAAGAGUAGAGGAAACAUUGCAAGGGUUCGUGAUAUUAUGUAAAACGAAGUUGAAUAUGCAUUGUAGUUUCAUGGUUGGUAUGGCUUUGCUCCAUCUAGGCAUAAGCUUUCAUAUGUUUCUUAUCAUCUUGGGUCGUAAUUAUUGAAAAAGGAAACGUACUACUUGGUCGGGAGUCUCAGUUGUUCUUAGAAUCAAACUGGUUUUUAUUUUGGUACUUUUGUGUAAAGACAUUGUCGGAUAUGGAUUUAGUAGUUUCAUUAUUACUUGGUUUAGUGAUUAUUAUGGUAACGUAAUUAUUUUGCUCA